AUGUUUAAGCAGGCGGACGCGUCCCGUUUCCCCCGUCUCCAGCACCUCACACCGUGGCACUCCAGGCCUCACGACACAAGACUUCCGUAUCCACGCGAACUGUCAUGCUCUGGUACCACCACCGGACCAGACACCGGGGCAAGGACGCAGCAUCACCCGCAGGUCACCUCGCCGUUCUCGGCGGAUAAACACAAGCAAAGCCGUCCUACUGUCAAUGACAUUUGUUGCCCGACGAGCCGACGACUCAUAUCAGUUUAA